CGCGCUGCCCCCAGGCAACCGGCACAACACAACAAAAUGGCUGCUGUGCCGCUAGGCACCUGAAGGGAACGACAGGGGCAUCUCCGCCCGGCCUUGUCCCACGGGCCGCUCGGCUCGUCUUCUCAGCACUGAGUGCCAGGUGCGGUCGAAGGUGUUCUCCGGCAUCCUGAGACGGAACGGUUUUGGUGGACUCUUGGCUUUUUUCUUGCAAUGAGGAAGGGCUCUCAGCAAAAAAUUUCCAAACCAAAGAUGCCGUCAUCAUCUAUGGCCAAUAUGAGAUCUAGGUCACUCUCACCAUUAGGAGGAUCUGAGAUUCUGCCUUUUCAUUCUGGAGGACAGCGGUGUAAGCAAGUCGGGAUUGCAGGUGAAAACACUAUACUUUUGGACUACCAAGACCAUAAAGAAGCUGACUCACAUGCAGGAGUCCGAUAUAUUACAGAGGCCCUUAUUAAAAAACUUACUAAACAGGACAAUUUGGCCUUGGUAAAAUCUCUGAACCUUUCACUUUCUAGAGAUGGUGGCAAGAAAUUUAAGUAUAUCGAAAAUUUGGAAAAAUGUGUUAAACUUGAAGUACUGAAUCUCGGCCAUAACCUAAUAGGGAAGAUUGAGAAGCUGGAUAAACUGUUAAAAUUACGUGAACUCAACUUAUCGUAUAACAAGAUCUGCAAAAUUGAAGGCAUAGAGAAUAUGUAUAAUCUACAAAAGCUAAACCUUGCAGGAAAUGAAAUUGAACAUAUUCCAGUAUGGUUUGGGAAGAAGUUGAAAUCUUUGCGAGCUCUCAAUCUGAAAGGCAACAAGAUAUCAUCGCUUCAAGAUAUAAGCAAGUUGAAACCACUUCAAGAUUUGACUUCUCUGAUCCUAGUUGAAAAUCCAGUUGUUGCCCUUUCUCAUUACUUCCAGUUUACCAUUUUUCACCUCCGUUCACUGGAAAGCUUGGAAGGUCAGCCGGUAACCACUCAGGACAGACAGGAAGCUUUUGAGAGAUUCAGUUUGGAAGAAGUAGAAAGACUAGAAGGAGACCUGGAAAAAAAGAUAAUGGAAAUUGAAGAGCUUAAAAGCAAACAAACAAAGUUCCUGGAAGAAAUUAAAAAUCAAGAUAAAUUGAACAGAUCAUUAAAAGAGGAGGCCGUGUUACAAAAACAGAGUUGUGAGGAGCUAGAAAGUAACCUAAACACGAAAAAUGAAUUGCCCUUGUCUUGGUUUCUUGCAGACCUUUUUCUGCCAAUUCUUUUUUCUUCCUUAAAGCUAAAACAAAAGACCAUGGAACUAACGCGAGCAUGUCAGAAACAGUAUGAGCUGGAACAGGAAUUGGCCUUUUAUAAAAUUGAUGCUAAAUUUGAGCCACUAAAUUACUAUCCAUCAGAGUAUGUUGAAGUCGAUAAAACCCCAGAGGAAAGCCCCUAUAUUGGUAAAUCCAGAUACAAGAGGAAUAUGUUCACCAGAGAGAGUUACAUUAUCGAUAAAGCCCAGCCCAUAGAGAUCAAGAAGAUGGAGCCAAAUGAGGGGCAACAACCUAGAAACGGGCAGAAGAACUUGAGAGCCCACACGCCACCGGACAUACAACUGGAAGACAAAGAAAGAAAAAUACAUGCAGCACAAACUCGACUCUCAGAGCUGCAUGAUGAAAUAGAAAAGGCAGAACAACAAAUCUUAAGAGCUACUGAAGAAUUUAAGCAACUGGAAGAAGCUAUACAGCUUAAAAAAGUUUCAGAAGCAGAGAAAGACCUUCUUUUCAAGCAGUUGAGUGGUAGGAUACAACUUCUAAAUAAACUACGCCAAGAAGCUCUGGAUCUAGAAAUGCAGAAGGAUAAGCAAAGGCAAGAAAUUGCUGAAAAACAGAAGGAGAUCCAGGACUUGCAAAUGGUCCUAGAUAGCUUGGAUUCUGAAGACCCAAAACAUUGCCAUAUGAAGGCUCAGAAAAGGGGUAAAGAACAACAGCUUGACAUUAUGAACAAGCAGUACAAACAACUUGAAGGCCGUUUGGACGAGAUACUCUCUAGAAUUGCUAAAGAAACUGAAGAGAUUAAGGACCUUGAACAACAGCUUACUGAAGGCCAGAUAGCAGCAAAUGAAGCCCUGAAAAAGGAUUUAGAAGGUGUUAUCAGCGGGUUGCAAGAAUACCUGGAGACUAUCAAAGGCCAGGCAACUCAAGCUCAGAAUGAGUGCAGAAAGCUACAAGAAGAGAAGGAGACAUUGCUGCAGAAACUGACAGAGGUUGAGCAAGAGAGGGACCAACUGGAAAUAGUUGCCAUAGAUGCAGAAAAUAUGAGGAAGGAGCUUGCAGAGCUAGAAAGCGCCCUCCAGGAGCAGCAUGAGGUGAAUGCAUCCCUGCAGCUGACCCACGGAGAACUCAGUGCCUAUGAGGUUGAGCUAGAGGCUCAGCUAAAAAUACGAGAUGCUGAAGCCAACCAGCUCAAGGAAGACUUGGAAAAACUAACAAGGCUCAGCCAGUUAGAACAAUUAGCCCUUCAAGCAGAACUUGAGAAGGAAAAGCAAGCCCUCAAGAAUGCCCUCGGAAAAGUCCAGUUCUCAGAAGAAAAGAACCAAGAAAAUAGGGAGCUCCGCACGCAACUUAAACAGCUGCAGGAUGACAAUAACCUGUUAAAACAGCAACUUAAAGAUUUCCAGAAUCACCUUAACCGUGUGGUUGAUGGUUUGAUUCGUCCGGAAGAAGUGGCAGCUCGUGUUGAUGAGCUACGGAGAAAUCUGAAAUCAGGAGCAGGGGAAAUGAGAAGCUGUAGUCCUUCAGAUGUCUUAGGGAAAAGUCUUGCUGACUUGCAGAAACAAUUCAGCGAAAUCCUUACAUGCUCCCAGUGGGAAAGAGAGGAAGCACAAGUGAGAGAGAGAAAACUCCAAGAAGAAAUGGCUCUGCAACAAGAGAAACUGGCAAACGGACAAGAAGAGUUCAGGCAGGCCUGUGAGAGAGCCCUUGAAGUGAGAAUUAAUUUGGAUAAGAGGCAACACGAAGCAAGGAUCCAGCAGUUGGAGAAUGAAAUUCACUAUUUGCAAGAAAAUCUAAAAAGCAUGGAGGAAAUCCAAGGUCUUACAGAUCUCCAACUUCAAGAAGCUGAUGAAGAGAAGGAGAGAAUUCUGGCCCAACUCCAAGAGUUAGAGAAAAAGAAGAAACUUGAAGAUGCCAAAUCUCAGGAGCAGUUCCUUGGUUUAGAUAAAGAAUUAAAGAAACUAAAGAAAGCUGUGGCUGCCUCUGAUAAGCUAGCCACAGCUGAGCUCACCAUUGCUAAAGACCAGCUGAAGUCCCUUCAUGGAACUGUUAUGAAAAUUAACCAGGAACGAGCAGCGGAGUUGCAGGCAACGGAGAGGUUCAGCAGAAAGGCAGCACAGGCGGCCAGGGAUCUGACCCGAGCGGAAGCAGAGAUCGAACUCCUGCAGGAUCUUCUCAGGGAUAAAGAGGAGCAGUUUCACAUUGAGAUGGAGAAGGCAGAUACAGGCACUAGAGGAGCAGACUCACAGGUGCUGGAAAUCGAGAAGCUGAGUGAGACCAUGGAGAGACAAAGGACAGAGAUCGCGAGGCUGCGGAAUUUACUGGACCUCACUGGCCCUGAUAACAAAGGAAGCUUUGAAAAUGUUCUGGAAGAAAUUGCUGAACUUCGACGCGAAGUUUCUUAUCAGAAUGAUUACAUCAGCAGCAUGGCAGAUCCUAUCAGAAGACGGGGCUAUUGGUACUUUAUGCCUCCACCGCCAUCGUCAAAAGUUUCCAGCCACAGUUCACAGGCUACCAAGGACUCUGGUGUUGGCCUGAAGUACACAGCCUCAACUCCUAUUAGAAAACCACCUGCCUCAGGAUACUGGGUUUAUUCUCCCAUCCAGAGUGGGUUACGUAAAUCGUUUUCAAAGAGAGAUGCGGACAGUGGAGGAAAUAGCCCAGAAGAGAGCGACCUGGAUGACCCAGAGGACCACCGAUUUGUGCCUCCUCCUGGAUAUAUUAUGUACACCGUGUUUCCUGAUGGCUCUCCCGUGCCCCAGGGCAUGGCCCUGUACGCACCACCUCCUCCCUUGCCCAACGAUAGCCAACCUCUCACCCCUGGCACCAUUGUUUAUGGCCCGCCUCCUGCUGGGGUUCCCACCGUUUGUGGACCUCCACCCCCCAACUUCUCCAUCCCCCUUAUCCCUAUAGGCAUGCUGCAUUGCAACGUCCCAGAACACCAUAACUUAGAGAGUGAAGUUUCUAGAUUAGAAGACAUAACACAGCAUUUAAAAUCAAAGAAAUGGGAACAGUGGAUGAGAGUAUCCAAGCGGCAGCCUGAGAAAGAAAUGGAAGAACUACAUCGUAAUAUUGAUGGUCUCUUGCAAGAGAAGAAAGACUUAGAGCAUGAAGUACAAGAAUUACAUAGAACUAUCCAGAAGCAUCAACAGCGAAAAGACUUCAUUGAUGGAAAUGUGGAGAGUCAUAUAAAUGAACUGGAAAUAGAAAAAUCAUUCCAACACCAUGAAGAUAUUGCAGGUGAAAUUGAGUGCAUUGAGAAAACCCUUCUGAAACGUCGAAUAGAACUCAGGGAAGCUGACCGACUGCUGGCAGAGGCUGAGAGUGAACUUUCAUGCACAGAAGAGAAAACAAAAAAUGCUGUGGAAAAGUUCACCGAUGCCAAGAGAAAUUUAUUGCAAACCGAAAAAGAUGCUGAGGAAUUAGAAAGGAGAGCUCAGGAAACUGCUAUUAACCUUGUCAAAGCCAACCAGCAACUCAGAUUGAUCCAGGAUGACACAAAGGAUUUGGAGCAGCACAAAAGUGAACAAGAAGAAAUCCUGAAAGAAAUAAGCAGAGUUGUUGCAGCAAAAGACUCAGACUUCCAGUGUCUAAACAAGAAGAAGGAAAAACUGACUGAGGAGCUACAGAAACUACAAAAAGACAUCGAGACUGCAGAACGCAAUGAGGAUCACCACCUGCAGGUCCUUAAAGAGUCGGAGGCCCUCCUGCAGGCCAAGAGAGCCGAGCUGGAGAAGCUGAAAAGCCAGGUGACGGCUCGGCAGCAGGAGAUGGCGGUCUUGGACAGGCAGUUAGGGCAUAAAAAGGAGGAGCUGCACCUACUCCAAGAAAGCAUGGUCCAGGCCAAAGCUGACCUCCAGGAAGCUCUGAGUCUGGGCGAAACUGAGGUAGCUGAGAAGUGCAGUCAUAUUAGGGAAGUAAAAUCUCUUCUGGAAGAACUGAGUUUUCAGAAAGGAGAACUGAAUGUGCAGAUUAGUGAAAAAAAAACUCAACUUACUCUCAUAAAGCAGGAAAUUGAAAAAGAAGAAGAAAAUCUUCAGGUAGUUUUAGGGCAAAUGUCUAAACAUAAAACUGAACUAAAGAAUAUUCUGGACAUGUUGCAACUUGAAAACAAUGAGCUACAAGGCUUGAAGCUACAACAUGACCAAAAAAUGUCUGAGUUAGAGAAGACUCGGGUUGAAAUGCUGGAGGCAAAACUGGAGUUAGAGAAUUUGCAGCAGGCAGCCCUGCGACAGAAGGGGGAAACGGAGUGGCAGAAGCAGCUCCUCGAGAGGGACAGACGGGAAAUAGAGCGGAUCACUGCUGAGACCCGAGCGUCACAGUCCUGUGUUGAGUCUCUGUGCAAAGAAAAGCAAGAUCUCAAAGAGGAAUGUGACAGCUGGGAAAAGAAGGUGGCACAAACCAAACGGGUUUUAGCAGCUACAGAAGAAAAGAGCAAAAUGGAGCAAUCAAACUUAGAGAAGCUGGAAUUGGGUGUCAGAAGGCUGCAGCAGGAACUAGACCGAUCGAACCGAGACAAGCUCUCCCUGCUGACGGACGUGGCAGCGGCGCAGCAGCAGCUCCGAGAAAAACGAGAGGCACUAAACUCACUACAGGAAGAACUAGCUGAUGUUCAAGACCAUUUGAACCUAACAAAACAGGACCUGCUCCACGCCACCAAGCAUAAGGAUGCACUGCUCAGUGAGCAGACCAGGCUCCAGAGGGACAUUAGUGAGUGGACAAAGCAGUACGAAGACUGCCUGAGAGAAGGGGAGGCAAAGCAGCAGCAGCUUCAAGUGCUCCAGAGUGAGAUUGAAGAAAACAAAGCCAAACUAGCCCAACAAGAAAUGAUGUUUCAAAAACUCCAGAAAGAGCAAGAAAGUGAAGAAAAAAAAUUAGAAGCCAGUAAAGUGACACUGAAGGAGCAGCAGCACCAGCUGGAAAAUGAAUUAACAGACAAGAAGAGCAAACUGGACCAGGUGCUCGCAAAGCUGUCGGUGGCAGAAGAGCGUGUCAGGACCCUGCAGGAAGAGGAAAGGUGGAGUGAGGCCCUGGAGAAGUCGCUCUCCCAAACCCAACAACAGCUUUCAGAACGGGAACAGCAAUUAAUGGAAAAGUCAAAUGAGCUGCUGGCUCUCCAGAAAGAGACAGACUCUAUGAGGGCAGACUUCAGCCUCUUGCGGAACCAGUUCUUGACAGAGAGGAAGAAAUCUGAGAAACAGGUUCUCAGCCUGAAGGAAGCACUUAAGGUCCAGCGGAGCCAGCUGGAGAAAAAUCUUCUUGAGCAAAAGCAGGAGAACAGCUGCAUGCAGAAGGAAAUGGCAACGAUCGAACAGGUGGCCCAGGACAACCACGAACGGGCCAGGCGCCUGAUGAAGGAGCUCAACCAGAUGCAGCACGAGUACACGGAGCUCAAGAAACAGAUGGCAAACCAAAACGACUUGGAGAGAAGACAAAUGGAAAUCAGUGAAGCAAUGAGGACGCUGAAAUCCGAAGUGAAAGAUGAAAUCAGAACCAGCCUAAAGAACCUUAAUCAGUUUCUUCCAGAACUACCCCCAGAUCUGGAAGCUGUUUUGGAAAGGAGUGAAAACCUAGGAGGAGGGUUGGAAAGCUUGAAAGAGAACUUUCCAUUCACCGUGAGUGAGAGACCAUCACCUUUUGAAGAAAAACCUAAUUUUUCCCAGGUUCACAUAAUGGAUGAACACUGGCGGGGAGAAGCACUGCGAGAGAAACUGCGUCACCGUGAGGACCGACUCAAGGCCCAACUUCGACGCUGCAUGUCCAAGCAAGCGGAAGUGUUAAUCAAAGGGAAGCAGCAGACAGAGGGCACGUUACACAGCUUGCGGAGACAAGUCGAUGCACUAGGGGAACUGGUCACCAGCACGUCCGCAGACUCCACGUCACCCAAUGUGUCUCAGCUGGAGUCUUCUUCCCUCGCAGAGGACUGUCAGCUCAGACCAAGCCAGAGCUCCUUCCACCAAGUUCUACAAGGUCCGUCAAAAUCACGAGACAGUUACCGACACUGAUGCCGUUCCCAGCUUCCUGCUCACAGGGGAGAAAAAAUGGUUCAGCCAGAUGAGGAGUAUUGUUUUGCAUAAAUAUUAUGAGGAAAGACCUUCUCCACUACCUCAUGAACUUCAUAGUUGGGAUGCCAUUUGGUUUAUCAAGAUCCAGUGAUUUCAGAUGCUGAAACUUCACUGUAGUUUAUCUUAUUUGUACCAUUAAGGCCAGGGAUUUUUUGUAAAUCAUUUGUACAUAUGGGAAUAGCUAUAUACAAUUUAAACCAGGGUACUAGAUGGUGAGCAUUUUUUUAAAUCUUUGAAAUGUGUUUUUAUAAAACCAAUGAUGAACGUAACUGCAAAUUUGAAUCUGUGAACUGUUAAACUCUAUAGUUACAAAGAACAAAUAUACGUACUUAGGCCCCUCUUCAUUUAUAAGUGUCAAAAGUUAUUUUUGGAUUUGCUUAAAAUCUAUUUUCCUAUGAAAAUAAAAGGUAAAAUAAAAUUGAGGCUGCCUUCUGACUUCGCAUUUCAGAGAUCUAGAGUAGAGCCAUCAUAUUAUUACCUUAAUUCCAAGAAAUGGCAAUCUUUCAAAUGGUCUUCCAUCCUUUGGCUGGAGGUUGAAGUAUAUUGUACCUAUCAAAGAAUAUAUUUCCUCUUAGGAAGUAUCUAUUAUAAAACCAUUACAUUUCAGGUGCUUUCCUCAAUCAAAACUAUUUGAUGGAAAAAGAACUUUGUACUCGAGAGAAUCUGAUCCAAUGGUAAGUUCAAAUUAUGUUUAGACUUUUAUAAUGUUGCAUUACUGUAAUUAAUGGCUUAACUCCUGGUCUGUAAAUAUAUUAUUUUUCUAAACACAAGAGUAGCAACUACUGUCAAAAUCAAAUGUGUGGCCACAGAAUUACUCCCAUGGGAUAGGUGAAGUAUGCGAUUACACGGAGUCGACAGGCUUUAAACUGCUCCCAAGGACUUUUCUAGGCCCCUAGGCAGCCUGACCCAUAAUGCGUAGUAUGCCAUGUUAACCACAAUACAGAAUAGCAGUGUAGCAGUCCCUUACCACUCAUUGAGGUUUAUAUUCCUACAAAGUUGUUUGGCUACAACGGGCCCAUUAAGAUAUGGGAUAUAGUUACAAGGACAACAAUGAAAGUAACAUAAAAUUUACUAGUAUAUUGUAGAUUCUAGAAGGCAUCUAGUUCCAAAACAAAAAUUAGGUAGAAUCUUUUGCACUUAUUGUUUCAUUUUCACAAGUCUUAGAAAAAUGCCUGUAAAAUCCUGGCCUCUUCAGUUAUCAAAAUCCUUCAGGGACCCAUUUUCUUGUUCUAUCCAAGUGCUGAAUGUGAGAGUAAAACAUCUUUCUAAACUGCCACGUGAACACUAUGUAUAUUCCCAAAUAAACAGGAGUGGAAGGUGAUCACAGGUGUUCUGUUUAAGGGUAGUGAACUGAACCACACAACCACACACGAAAAAUCAUACUUAAAACAACAGAUGGGGGGAUGGGGGAAGGUUUUUAAAACUUUUAAGUGUCUUCUGGAAUUAAAGAGGUGAGGCAAUUAGUGUAUGAAGCCAAAUAUCUGGUUCAAAAGACCUUUUUCCAAAGAAACUUUACUACCUCUAAUAUUGAACAUCAUCAAGCAAAGAAAAAAAUAAUAAUCAAGGUUACUGCAUCAAACGCUUUAUUAUCCGUGGAAAAUACUUGAACAUUGUGGAAUGUCUAAUGCAUAAAAAGUACUAAGCACCUAUUAGUCAGGAGGGCCUCUCUUCAUAGGUGCAAGGGCAAUGAGUAACCCAGAGAAGUAUGUGACCACACAAGUAAUACGCUCUCAUGGAUUAAAAAUUAAAAGAAUUUCACAUUCUCUCCAAAGUGCACUUGCCCAGUGUUGGGCACAUGAAUGCUACAAUGACAAUUUGCUCCUCUAUUUUUGAGCACCCAAGUUACACAUGCAAGUAUCAGAAUUUGGCCCCAAGUAGAGUUAAGGGAGAACAUCAGGCACCAAGUGUGCUGAACUCACACC